AUGGUGUCGACACCUCCACCACUUGCUGUAGUUAGUCGAACUUCUGGUUCUUUGACGGCAGCACGUAAAAGAGUUUUACAGCUGUAUCGUGAUUGGCAUCGAGCAUUUUCGAAUUCUAGUUAUUGGGCUCCAAAAGUCGUGCAACUCUAUCUGCUAGACUACCCAGCAUCAGCGGUACGCGCAAAAAUCCGACAAGAAUUUGAACGUAAUCGAUAUGUGAAUAAUUUAGCAGUAAUCGAUGUUCUACUGCUGAAAGGACGAAAUGAAUUUAAUGAAACGCUGAAUCAAUGGAAACAACCUACUCACGUAUAUCAGUUUUUUGAAAAGGAAGCUUGGGUUGCAGCGGAUCGUGAAAAGAAGGGAUUUUUGGAUAGGUUUUAUGGUGUGUAG